UUGGAGGGGCUUUGUGGUACCUUGCCCAAAAUGAUUUCCCAGGUGAAGCACAGAAGAGCUUUUGCCAACUAUUUCUGGUGGGAGAGAGAGGAUCCCCAAGAGAGUAGGCAAAAUGCGCACCCCAGCAGAUAGGAGGCUCCCCAAAAUUUCUCAGCAAUGUCUUGCGCAGGCCACUCUGGAUGAUACCGUGCAAAAUUACAGGUUCCAGUAGCCUGACUUUUACAGCAAAAGGCUGUGCGAGCGUUUCAUAGGAGCCGUGUGGGGCUUCUUCAGCCCCUGGUUUGUGCUGCAGCUGCAGAGGUCAGCCAUUCGAUCCCAGGAAAGAGGCUGCAGUGGCGAUUUUGGGGAGGGGGAGGUUGUUUUUGUGUUUGGCACCCUGCGUGAUUUCAAGUCCUUUUUUGCCUUUGAACUGGAAGUUGUACUACGUGGUGCUUGGCCUGCUUUUGCAGAGUCUCUGAGCUCACAACUCCGUGCUUGCAAGAUUGUGGUGCAAAGUUCUCUGCUGUUUAAUGUGUAAUGAAAGGGGAGAUUUUAUAGGUGGCUUGUGGGUAUUUUGUUGUCCCCUAAGGAGCCGCCUCAGUUGAAUAAGUCUCUCUAAUGCCCAGCAUUCUGUACGGGUUGCCCCCUGGGAGGUAGGGGGAGAAUAUCAGUCCAUGCCCCGAAGCUUUAAUUAAAGUUACUUCUUUCCCACCGUCCAGUUUAGGAUGGGCAAUUAACUGGGAAUAUGGAGUAAAAAGGGAGAGGCCCUAUACGAAUUACGUUCUCAGCAUUCCUCCAGCUUGCCCAUGUGGGUUGAACACUAUUUGAAGGGCCUCCGGUCUCCCUUCCAGCUCUGCAUAAAGUCCAGCGGAGGGCAGAGCAGGGCUGGGAAAGGUCAAAUGAAUUGAGAUGACCAGCAAGCGCUAGAUAGCAAGCAGUCUUCCAGGCAUCCAGAGCUGCUGCUUGAAGGAUAUCAGAAUCCCCAUUUGGAGCAGCCUGCCAGCACCGUACAAAUCUGCGUUUGCUGUGGGUUUUAAAUAUACUUUUAUUUGGUGCACAAGUCUGAAGAUCCAUGGCUGUUGCUGCUGUACCUGAAGUACCUUUGGAGGGGAGGGGGGGAGGCUUACAGGUCAGCCACCUGUGUCUUGGGCUGACUGUCUGAUGUAACGUCCCUCCGAGACUUGUUCACAUUAAAACCACUGUGAAGCCAACGGUGUCUGCGUGUCCUGCCAGGAAGACUUUUAGGUGGAAAGACGGGGUGCCUUUGGUGGCGGUAGAGGCUGCUGUGGCCAUGCUGCCAGGACCUACUUUAAAGUUCCUCUGCCUUCUGCAGCGUUUGGGGGGGGGGGUUGUGCUGAGAAGCUCCCUGCCUGGGCUUUUCCAGCUGGGCGGGAUUCCUGGCCCAGAGGGCUCAUGCUGCUGCUCUUUGCCCAGGCCUGGGCGUCCUUUGCCCUGGGGAGGGAAUAACGGAGCCUGCCGGAGGCCGUGAAAGGCGAGCGCUGCUGCUCGGCUGAUGCCCCUCUGCCAGUGGGUCGCGCUUGGCUUUGCCCGGAGGUCCAAGGGGCACCAUCAGCCCGGCUGGCCGGCAAUUGCAGCAACCCGGGAAAGACGGGCGAGUGGGGCUCCGAGUGAGGGUCUCCCUCGCCCCCCCACCACCACCCCCACCUCCGCUCCUGCCGGGACCGUCCGAAGGGAUCAAUGGGCGCUCGUGGAGGGAGCCAAGAUCCGCCAGGGGGACACAGGUAACCUCCCCCCUGCAGGGUAAAAUAAUGGUACGCUCCAAACCCGGCCUCGCAACCAACCAUCCACCCCGCCCGGAGCGCGCUGGGCGUCGGAAACGAGAGAAAAAGAGGGGGGGGAGUGGCGGCCCCCCUCGCUCAAUUCCGAUUGGGCGCCUCGCUGCACGUGGUUAAGAAGGCUCCUCGGCGCCGAUGGGAUGAGGUCUUCGUCGGAUUGGUGGAGGGUUUCAUUGGCGGACCAAUGAAAAGGCUGGCGCGGAAUGCGAACGUGGCGUCGCGGGCGCGCGCCCGGCUGCCCAGCUGGCCCUUCAGCUCGGUGGCCGGAAGAGAAGGGCGCAGGUGUGUGUGGGGGGGGGGGCGGGGGAGCGGAUUCCCACGUGAGGUUUCGGCCCCGGCGGGAGGACGGACGUUCAAGCAGCCGCCGCGGCGAGGCCCGGGAGGAGCCGCCUGCUCGUAACUGUCCCGCUCUCCAUUUGGCAUCCCUGGAGGAAGCGGCUGCAAUAAAGGCGAAUAAAUGAGUUAAUUCAAAACUUGAUGAACCAAGAAACAUUAUUUGAUAUAGCAGACAGUAUUGAGAAGCUGUUCAGCAAGAUAGAAAGUACAAAUAAAGAAAAGUGGAAAGAGAAUCAGAAAGCCCAGGUUGAGGAAAGUGCAGUUAACUUAUGGAAUUGGACUGUGGCAAAAAAAACAGCCCCUGGUAUCACUGAUAUGCAAAGAGUUAAAUUACGCCAUGUAGCCUGCAACCUGAUGAUGAUUUGUGAAGUAAGUGAUCCAAAAGAGGAGAUAAUACGAAGGCAAAUUUUGAUGUUAAUGAAGACUGGAAAAGGUUGGGUGGAUGUUGGAAAACCUGCCCUUGCAAAUAAAUUCCUUGACAUUGCCCUGCAUGAUCUAGAGAAACUUUAUGACCAGCUGAACAAGGACUGCAGCAGUGAGGCUGAGGCAAAUAUGCACAAAGCUGACAUACAGAAAGAUAUAUUUAAAGUUCUGUCUUACCAGGCUGAAUCUGCAGUUGCUUUAGCAGACUUUCAGAAAGCAGUCACGUGUGUUCAGCGGUGUAAAGACAUCCUGAUAAGACUGCCAAAAGAGGUUUGUUACCUUUCCCUCCUAUGCUAUAACUUUGGCAUAGAAACAUACGAAUUCAAGAGAUAUGAGCAGAGCUCCUUUUGGCUCAGCCUGAGCUAUGAAAUUGGAAAGAUGCACAAAAACUCUUCAAUUAGUAAAGAAAUGCUGGCAAAAGUGCUACGAUUAUUAGCUACUGUCUAUUUGGAGUGGGAUUAUAAACAAUAUCAAGAGAAAGCUCUCCAGGUUAUCAUCAUGGCUAAUGAGGAUAAUUUACAUCCAGCUGGUUUUUACUUAAAAAUUAAAAUUCUCCUGAGAAGUGAUGCAUUGGAUGAAGAUAUUAGAAAAGCUGUCACUGAACUUCUGCAGCAUGAGGUUUCUCUGGAGAUCUGUCUGGACACUGCAAAGUUGCUUCUUGAACACGAGAGGGAAGCCAUCGGAUUUGACUUUCUGAAAUCAGCAUCUCAGCUGUUUGAAAGAUCCCCAGAUGCUGGCAGAGUCCUUCUCUUUCGGAUCGAACUCCUGUUACAGAGAAUGAAGGAGCCACUUGCCAGGGGAAUGAUUGAAGAUGCCAUUGCAGCACACAGCAUAGGAAAGCAACUGCCUCCUGAAAUACUCAGCCGUUUACACCUUGUUUUGUGGGACAGAGCAGCUAAGAAUUACGAGUCCAAGAGCUAUGCUGAAGCCCUUCAGUGGUACAACUACUCUCUCAGCUUUUAUGCAUCUGGACAGACAGACCAGCAGAACCUGGCAAAACUGUACAGGAACAUGGCUGCUUGCUAUCUUCACCUGAAAGAACCCGGCAAGGCUAAUGAGGCUGUAAAGAAGGCAGAAAUAAGCGACCCAAGCAGCAUCUUCACUCACUUCUAUGUUUAUAAAAUAGCCGUCUUAGAGAAAAAUACCAUCAAAGCUUGGGAUGCGUUUGUAGCAAUGGAGAAAUCGGCUGCAGAGUUCACGGAAGGCAAACCACUCAUGGAAGGAUCUAUGGCUACCAACCUUCUGAGCUUAGCAGCUCAGUUUGCCUUGGAGAAUGAUCAACAGGUCAUGGCUAUUAAAGCCUUGGGGUAUUUAUCUCAACACUUGCAGGAUUGCCAGCAGGCGCUUACAGCAGUAAAGUGUUUGAUUCGACUUAUAUUGUUGAAAGUGACAUCUGAAGAGGAGACGAUUAAAGAUAUGGAGACACUCCUAUCAUACUUGACAGCAGCUCACCGUAGACUUGAUGAGCUACACAAAGAGGAAAAGGAGUUGCUAGAGAUCAGGGCCAGUGAAGCUCAGUGGUUCAGAAAGAUAGCUUGGAACUUGGCUGUGCGAUGUGAGGGCUGCUUAAAAGUGAUGAGAGAUUUCUUUAUAAUAUCCUUCAAGUUCUCCCAGUUUUGUCCUCUUGAUAAAGCUGUCCUGCUCGCUCAGAGAACGUGCCUGCUCAUGGCUGCUGCGGUGGAUCUGGACAUAAGCCGAAGCAAUUUGCUUCCUGCUGAUGAGCAGGCCGAACUGCUGACUCAGGCCCUCGAGUACAUCCAGUCCUGCAGAGCCAUCUGGAAAGUCUUGAAGCAGACAGGUGAUUUCCCCAAGGACCCCACGGAUACAAUAUUGCAGCUUUAUGAAUUUGAAGCCAGCGCCAAGCUGAAUUCUCCUGCAGUGUCCAGCCUGCUGGACGAAGUGCUGGCGCUUCCACAGGUGGAGAUCAAGACUCUGGAAACCAUUGCUUCACUGGCCAUGGAAUCUCCCGCUCACUAUCCCUCCGUGUGCAAGAGGGCUCUCAGGAUGAUCUUGACUCUCCUCAAGAAAAGGGAAUCGAUCGAUACAAUAGCCUACAGCAAAUGCCUGCACAGCUUGGUCCACCUUUCCCUGCCCUCUGGCCCCAUUGAGGCAGAUCUUUGUGUGCUGGAGGAGGCUUGGGCCUAUUUCGAAGAUGCCCUGACCGUGUUGGACAACACACAGGUGCUACAGACUAGUUACCCAGAGGUGGAGAUAAUCUGGCUCAUGACUAGAGCUUGGAACACAGGAAUAUACCAAUACUGUGCUGGCAAAUACAAGGAAGCAGAGCAAUGGUGUGGCCUAGGAAUGCGGUUCUUGGCUUACCUGGGGACUUUGAAGAACAGCUACGAGAACCAGAUGAUUGGUGUUUAUGGUGAGGUGCUGGAAAAACUGGACAAAGCGAAGAGACUCCAUUAUCAAGAAGAGUGAGGGGGACCCUGGGUGCCACCAGCUGCUCUGUGCUGAACUGGAACCGGCUGCACUGGCAAGUGUGGGAUUGUAUUCGGUGGAGGAUGCUUCACAAACAUGAAGUUGAAUAAAGGAGUUCUAUUUGUA